UUGGUCAUCAUCAUCGUUUAACGUGAAUGAAUACACGGUGAUUGGCAAACUUGGCUGUGAAUAUAAUUUGCUUUCACUGUAUUUAGAUUUAGGAUUGACAUAGUUGAGGCGUGCUAAUUUAUUUUUUAUAGGAGAGUCAAUACUCAAUAUCUGCCACUUAUAAAAUUAUAGGCUUCACCUCAGACACAUAUUCUACAUAGGUAUAUGAAUUACUGUGUUAGUGAUGUGAAGUUCUUUUAAAUGAGAUCAUAAUCAUCGCCAUUUUCGACUACUUAUUAAAGCUACAAAAUAAAUAUUUUGCUUUUUAAUUACAACUUUUGGGAAAAAAAUAUGGCAUCCGGCAGUAAAUUUGGAUUCGGACUUCAUUCCGGAUUUGGUCACCCAGUUUUGAGACAAUGGCAGGAAAACAAUACGCAGAUUAGUGCAAGUAACCUGAUGUACCCGGUCUUUAUCUCGCAUGAUCCAAACGGUGAAGAAGAGAUCCCAUCCAUGCCCGGGGUCAAGCGUUGGGGUCUCAAUACGAUUACAACUCAUUUGAAACCAAUUGUGGAAAAUGGAUUGACGUCCAUUCUAAUUUUUGGCGUCCCAAAGACCGAUGUCAAAGACGAAACUGGCUCUGCAGCAGAAGACCCAAAACGUUCCCCGGUCGUGCCAGUGAUCCAAUUGAUUCGGAAAGCAUUUCCUAAUCUUUUGGUGGCUUGUGACGUUUGUCUCUGCACUUGGACAAAUCACGGCCACUGCGGAAUCAUUCCUCAAGAUGCAAAUGGACAGAUUGACAAUGCCGCGUCCAUCAAAAGAUUGGCGCAAAUUGCAGUUGCCUUUGCGAGGGCUGGGUGUCAAGUUAUUGCUCCAAGCGACAUGAUGGAUGGGCGUGUUCUGGCGAUUAAAACUGCUUUAAAAGAAGCCAAUUUAGGAAGACAGGUUCCUGUGUUGUCGUAUUCUUCGAAAUUUGCUUCCUGUCUCUACGGCCCAUUUAGAGACGCUGCAGGAUCUGCUCCUUCGUUUGGAGACCGGAAAACCUACCAACUCCCAUUAGGAUCGGCAGGAUUAGCAAUUCGAGCAGCGGAUCGGGAUGUUGAGGAGGGUGCCGAUAUGUUGAUGGUGAAACCAGGAAUUUUCUACUUGGACCUCAUUUCAAAGAUUAAGGAAAGACAUCCAAACCAUCCCAUGUUUGCGUAUCAGGUUUCUGGCGAAUAUUCCAUGUUGGUUCGAGGAUCAGAAGCAGGACUGUUUGACUUGGAUACGGCCAUUAUGGAAGCCCUCCGCUCGUUUAGACGUGCUGGAACUGAUGUCAUCAUUUCCUAUUUUACGCCACGAGUCCUGGAGAAUUUGCGAAUAUCGCAAAAAGUGUGAAUCCAUAGAUUUUGCUUCACAAUAAAUUUGCCUCAUUUCCUCUCCUCCCUCCCACGAGAGGCGUUUGAUAGAAAUUGUAAGACAUUUGUAAAUGCUUACAAAUAAAUGAGAGCACAUUAUGAAGUAUGAAUUCUUUGAAACAUGUUUUCAUUAAAUAGAUUCAGGUUACUAGUAUUGGUUACUAGUAUA